AUGGUGUGGACUGUCCCUGGUUUUAUGUUUUACUCCUCGUCUCCUCACUCCUCACCUCCUCCUUUUCUCACUCCUCGUCUUAUCUCUCCUCCUUCCUCUCUCCUCAUCUCCUCACUCCUUCCUCCUCACGCCUCAUUUGCUCACACCUCGUUUCCUCACUCCUCCCUCCCCACACCUCCCUCCUCCCUCCCCACUCCUCCCUCCUUACACCUCCCUUUUCACACCUCCCUCCUCACUCCUCCCUUCUCACUCCUCCCUUCUCACUCCUCACUCCUCCCUCCUUACACCUCCCUUUUCACACCUCCCUCCUCACUCCUCCCUUCUCACUCCUCCCUUCUCACUCCUCCCUUCUCACUCCUCCCUCCUCCCUCCUCCCUCUCCACACCUCCCUCCUCCCUCCCCACUCCUCCCUCCUUACACCUCCCUUUUCACACCUCCCUCCUCCCUCCCCACUCCUCCCUCCUUACACCUCCCUCUUCACACCUCCCUCCUCACUCCUCCCUUCUCACUCCUCCCUUCUCACUCCUCCCUCCUCCCUCUUCACACCUCUCUCCUCCCUCCCCACUCCUCCCUCUUCACACCUCCCUCCCCACUCCUCCCUCUUCACACCUCCCUCCUCCCUCCCCACUCCUCCCUCCUUACACCUCCCUCUUCACACCUCCCUCCUCACUCCUCCCUUCUCACUCCUCCCUUCUCACUCCUCCCUCCUCCCUCUUCACACCUCCCUCCUCCCUCCCCACUCCUCCCUCCUUACACCUCCCUCUUCACUCCUCCCUCCUCACUCCUCCCUUCUCACUCCUCCCUUCUCACUCCUCCCUCCUCCCUCUUCACACCUCUCUCCUCCCUCCCCACUCCUCCCUCUUCACACCUCCCUCCUCCCUACCCACUCCUCCCUCCUCACUUCCUCACUCCCCCUCCUCCCUUCUCACACCUCCCUCCUCACACCUCCCCCUCCCUACCUCCUCUCUCAUCAGCCUCAGCAUUGAUCUGAGAGCCUCCUCUGCUCCCCGACAUCACUAA